AAAAUGGCAAAGAAAGCUAGAAACAAGAAACUCUACAAGCGGAUGGUCCCUAAAAUGAUCAAGUUUGAAAAUGAGAAGUUGAAGCAAGUUUUGGGGAUGGUGCCAGUUCCAGAAGAUACCAGAUUUUCAUUCAGGAAACACUUUCAAGAGCGUGACACCAAACCUGAUGUCCAGAUGACAGAUCUCAGUGAUAUUUGUACAGUAAGAAAUGGACUUGAAGUUGUCAAAGAAAUACGCGAGAAGAAGUUACCAAGGUUUCAACCAACUUCUACUGAGCCCUUAGAAGAAAAGACAGAGAAGAAAAAAUACGAUGUUAAGAAAAACCAGUUCCCUGUUUGGAUGUCCACCAGGAAGCAGAAGAAAAUAGUCAAGAAAAAUAGGAAAAUAAGGAAAAUUAGAAACAACAGCUUGAAGCAGGUAGUUCAAAAUAAAAAAGAAUACAUAAAACUGAAGAAACAAGCAAAAAGCCGCAGAUCGUAAGAUAAAAUUAGUUAUCCUUCUUUUUUUUAUUA